AUGGCGCUCGACGACUAUCGCCGAAAUCAAGACAAUGAUGUCCGGCUGGUUGACUUCCUUGACGACAAGUUACAGGCUUUUGCCGACCUGGAAACCUUAGAUUCACUACUGGACAGCGUUAAAGCACAACAGGACUUGCUUAAGCAGCAGCAAGCCUCGGAUCAACAUGCGACUUCGAUCAAAGAGAAAGGCGCCGCCUUUAAGCGAGACCAACAAGAUCUCGACCGCCGCCUCCAGGUCGUCACACAGUCAGAGACCAGUGAUGAUGCUCUACAGAAAUUCGAAUCCAGCAUGGAACGACUGAGGAAGCUUGACAUGGCCUCAGGCUAUGCUGAGAUGCUGCAAGAGGUGAAUGUUUUGCGACAAGAGAUCAGCGAACAGCUGGGCAAAUCAGACAAGGCUGCCUUGACUGCAUACAAGAGGCUAUCAGCUCUCGCUACCGGUUUGCAGCCUCUGUCUGAAGCCGCAGAGGGCGCUGCUCCUCAUCUCAUCAUUCAUGUCCUGAGGACUGCCCACAGUGCACGCACCCAGAUUGAGCAGUCUUUGGCAGCCGACUUCGAAAAGACCCUGACUAAGAUGGGCUGGCCAAAGCAGGGAAUCUCGGUGCCUCCGGGUUUGCAGACAGAAUGGAAUAUUCACAUCGAGAAACUCAUCGAUCUUCAGAAGUCGGAGCUGAUUGCAGCAGAUGCAGCAAACAGUUCAAAGACAUCAAAGGAUGAACCUGCUGUCUUGCUCCCUCUCGAGAUCAUGGUCAGAUCGCUUGAGCUUCGUUUCAACUACCACUUCUCUGGAGAUCGUCCUACCAAUCGUCUAGACAAGCCCGAGUACUUCUUGAACCAUGUCUUGGAUCUGAUCAACAGCUAUUGCGCAUUCUUCCAGGCAAACCUGCAACCACAGCUUUUGGCUAACUUCCGAGGCUCUGACCUUGCUCUAAUUCCUGCCUACAUUGACGCGACUUCAGCUCUAAUCACUGCUUUGAUCCCUAUGUUGCAGGAAAAACUCCGUGCAAUCCUUCCUCAAGUCUCGGAGCAGCCUCAACUGUUCAGCAACUUGAUGCAUGAAGUCAUGACCUUUGAUGCAACAAUUCAGGAAGAAUGGAACUACACGCCACUUUCUCCUGCCACUGUCUGGCGUGGUCUCGCAUACUUCAUCCUUGANAAAGAAGGCUACUACACAAGAUGGCUGACUGUGGAAAAAGACUUUGCAUUGGCGCGCUAUCAAGACAUCAUCUCAGAUCGUUCUACUGGAGAGCUUGACUACGAUUCGGUAUCUGCUGAUAGUACCAAACCUACGAAAGCGGCUGUUCGUGUCAAUGAUCUCCUUGAGACCAUCACCGACCGCUACAAAUCUUUGUCCUCGUUCAGUCAGAGAUUCCAAUUCUUGACUAAAAUCCAGAUCGAGAUUUUUGACCGGUUCCGUGGCCGGAUAUAUGAUAGCUUGCAAAUCUUCCUUACAAAUACAACAGCCGUUGGACGUGCCGUUCACGGCGUUACUAAAGAGGAGCAAGCUGAGCUCGCUGGAGUCAAGGGCAUGGAUCACCUUUGUCGUAUCUUUGGCUCCGCAGAAUACCUUGAGAAGGCUAUGCGUGAUUGGAGUGACGACGUGUUUUUCCUCGAGAUCUGGGAGGAGCUGCAGUACAGAGCUGUCAACAAGAUCGAUAUCAAGGGUGAUCUUAACAUGACAGAGAUCGCAGCAAAGACAAACGCCGCUAUCAACAACGUUGGCGAGAACCAAGAGCUCGAGGGAGCCUUGUUUGAACAAAUGGCAGCAAGCUAUCGUAGAUUGCGUGUUCGCAGCGAGGAAGUCAUCUGCGAGACUCUGAUCUACCACCUUCGCGACGUUCUAAGACCAUACGGCCGCAUCAACCCUUGGGCAUCUCUCUCCGCUGCAGGCAGUGGUGGAGAGACCAGCUUGACUGCUGAGCUGGAUCCUCCUCUCACUCUUUUGGGCACUCAUCUCUCGUUCUUGUCGCGCGCCUUGUCCAAGCCUGCAUUGCGUCGCAUCUGCCGCGUUGUUGGUCACAGUCUCCAGAUCACGCUCUGGGAUAGUGUACUGCUCCGACACUCGUUCUCAACUGCUGGCGCAUCACAGUUUAUGUCCGACUUCAAAGGUAUCUGCAGCGUAUUUGAUCGCUAUCUUGGUGCUGGCACAGGUCAAAAUGUCAUGCAGCGUCUAGACAACGGUCUUACGUUACUCGAUCUACCUGUGAGGGGAGAGAUUCCUGUAGAAGUCGAUGCGGGAGGUGAUGGUGAAGCAGUCUCAGAGAAGAAGUGGGGACUCUUCGAGGUUGAGAGAAGAGUGUUUAUGGACAAUGAGGCGGCCCGAGAUGUGCUAGAAGAAAUGGGCUUGGAAGUCCUGACUGAAAGUGACGCUCGCGCUGUUCUUGGAAAGCGAGUGGAACUCAGUAGUUGA